AAAACGUUAUGUCACCACCACGUCGCUCUACUACACGGAAUAACAAAAGGUUCAUGCCUGCUGACUUCUUAAGACGUUUUGGUGGAUCUCAGAAUGCAGUAUCAAAUGCUAGUGCUGUCCAAUAUAUUGGACCUCACAAUGCAUGGGCUACUCUCGUGCCUUCGGACAAUCGUGGCUUACCGUCUAUUUAUCUGACUGAAAAGGUGAAUUAUUUGGGAAACCAACAGCAUUAUGAACCUGUAUUUAAGCGGUUACCAGCUGAUCCCAGAAUAGAUAUGAUUCAUUGUUCAAUCUUCAAAGAAUAUUCCGAGGGCACAGGAAUGAUCGUUAAAUUGCAAAAUCUCAGUCGAACCGGAGCAGUUAAGGUUUUGGAGCGUGAACUAAUGCACAACCAAUUUGUUGAGUUAAAUGAGGGUGAUUGUAUCAAAUUUCCUUCUUCAAGAGGUGAUUGGUAUAGCUAUUCCAUAGAGAUCGACUUAAAGCCGGAAGGAAGGUUUCAUAAUGAUUAUAAGAUUAAAGGUGUUCUUGGAACUGGUCACUUUGGGGAAGUAAAGUUGGCUACUCUUGCGAACUCCGUAGGUAAUGAGUCAAAGUUUCAAGAAUUUGCUGUGAAAAUCAUUGAUAAAAAUACUGUGGCAAAAAAACCAAACGCGAAGCUUCAUGACGAAAUCAUUAUAAUGCACAAGAUAGAACAUCCACAUUUAGUUCGCAUCCGUAACCUAUAUAAUGAAGGUGAAAAACUAUACCUUGUUAUGGAUUACAUUAAAGACGGUGAAUUUUUCGAUUUUAUAUCAAAAAAAAAGAAAUUAACUGAGUAUGAGACUCGUUAUCUGCAUGAUCAUCGCAUCGUACAUCGAGAUCUUAAACCUGAAAAUAUCCUUAUGUCAAACAAAGCAGAACUUCAAGUCAAAAUAACGGAUUUCGGCUUGUCGAAGCUUCUUGGCCCUGAAUAUUCUUUGAUGAAAACUAUGUGUGGAACACCUCUUUACAUUGCCCCAGAGGUCCUAGAUCGGUCACCUAGGCGUAGUUACGGAAAAGCAGUGGACAUGUGGAGUCUUGGCGUGAUUCUAUACGUCUGUCUUUGUGGGUAUCCACCAUUCGCCAAAGACUUUGGUCCACCAUGUUUUGAAGAUCAAAUAAGGUUGGGAAUAUAUCGAUUCUACCCCCCCGCGUGGUGUCACAUUAGUCAUGAAGCCAAAGACUUAAUAAGAGGCUUAUUGACUGUCAAUGUAAGUGAAAGAUUAACAGCUUCGCAGGCUUUAGAACAUCCUUUCAUGCAGGCUCUACCAUUACAUCAGUCCAUUCCUGUUGUUCCAGAUGUGGUCAAUGCACCUGUUUUACCACGAGUGAAUAGCAACGUCCAACCAAGCGAUGAAGUUAAAACGAUUUUCGCUCAGAAACUUUCUGCUCUAUCUAAACGCGCCGAAUCUGGCGAUGACGUAGAUGAUACAAACGAUGUCAAUGAUGCAUCAUUUGUUACUGCCGAUACGAUCGUAUCAUCCAGUUAUUUCUCCCGAUCCAGUCCUCCAGUUCAGGAUGAAUCAAUUUAUUAUUCGGCCAUUGAAUUCAAUUCUUCAAGUUUCGGUAGCCAUAGUAGUGGUGGUAGUUUUACCUUCUGA